AUGGAGAAUCGCGUUGUGCGAAGCGUCCGUCCGAGGACUAUGAGACCGGACCGUGAGCCCGCGCGUUCGACCAACCCUAACCGCUUUAACUUCAAUUCAAACAAUGGCACCAACGCUAUACUGGUAGCCAUUGACUUCGUCGACUUGAAGUUAGAUACUGGCGCAUUUGAUUCCGCCGAGAAUGUCGAUUUUAUCGAUUUGAACAAGGUCACUCGUGGUCCGAUAAUCAAUCCCGACGACCUAUGGGAUCCCCCUUUCCAUCGUGUUGCUGAUAGCAUCGACCUCAUCGAAUUCUCUUCUGAUAAUGGGGCUGACUGUACUGACGUUGACUUUAUCGAAAUUUCUUCGGACAAAGACAAAGCGGCCGCCGAUCUGGCAACUGACGUCAACUCCAUCGACGUGAACUCGAAGAACGAUUCCCCUACCCCGGACAACAACGCAAAUGGCUUUGAAACGAGUUCCUCCACGGACUUGAUUAAUAUGUGGUCCGGUGACGGCGGUGCUCAUGCUCGCUACAAGAAAGUGAUCGGAAUGAGACCAACUAUCGAUCUCAUUAACUUGUGGCCCGAUACCAACAUCCUUCCAGUCAACAUGGACCUCGUCGAUUUUACCAUGUACAGCAGAAUCAUGUGCUAUGCCUAUUCUGACAUUGAGCCCAGCAUGAGCAGCAUGGGAAGUAUUGGGACCUUUAAUCCAAACGUGGAUAAUGGACGCAUUGGCUUGUACAGUCGGAGAAUGAACUCCUGGUCGGAACACACUCAUUCAGGAUAUCGAUCCAUCAAUUCAAUUGAGUCCUUCCCAGAGUUUAAACUUGGAAGUGCGACUUCCAGUCCCCUGGAUACCGCGUACACCACCAAGUCAAGCUGGGGACCUGAGGCUUCUGUUCCCUUGCUUGCCAUGUCCACCUCAGAAUCCGAAGAUGGAAGUUCCAUGGAUACUGUGUACACCAACUCGGGGCUUGGAGCUGGAAUUGGGAUUUCUGAUUCCUCGGCUAUCUUGGAGGCUGCGGAGUGGGGUGAGGACUUCAACUCCACUGUGAGUUCUGUGGCCCCCGAUACUGUGAACUCCUGGUCCUUUGCAUUUGCCGAAGGAUUGAUCGCUCGAUUGGAGGCACUGGAACGGGAGAGCGGCUGGUAG